UCGGCACCGAAUAAACGUCGUUAUCGGCAGUGGCAGCAGGACAGCGCAUAUAUAAAGAGGGAGGCAGAGCCCUUGGUUCCUCAGUCGAUCAACUUGAGCAGGAGAGAAGAUCAUCGUUCUCAGAAAAGUACCGAAGAGCGGCCAUAUAUCGGAAGAUAAUACGUCUUAAUCCGUUGCCGGAGUUUGCCAAGUUUACGUUACACGCCAGUCAGCGAACGGGUUAUUGCUCUUUGAACUUAGGCGAAGUCCAUUCCUAAACAGUUUACGUUGAGCACUGUAAAGAAGCGAUUUGAAAAAGUGUUCAUUACCCGCUUGUUUCAAUGUCUUUUUCCGUUGUGUCUGCUUAUCAAAAAGUAGCGCCAAUGGUGGUUACUUACGAUCUAUUACGCAUGCCUGCAACUACUGGUCGAAAUACCACCACGUUAUGGCAACAUGAGUUUCUGUCGACCAUGGAGAACGCGACAGAAGGCUGGGAAACUGAGUUAGAAGUCGAGACUGUGGCCGAAGCAACUUUCCAGCAAGGGGCAAACGGAGAACAUGAAUAUUCCGGUUCUGACCAGUUCUUCGAGCAGCUGAAUGGGACACUGCAGUCCCUAUUCGACAGUUCAGCAGUUGCUGCUUCCCCGCUGAUGGCAUUCAUCUUACUCGGCCUCGCCGCGAUUCUCGCCGUUUGUAUUCUCGUGCACCCCCUCAAAGCGUGGUGGCUCAAUUACAACAUGAAAUCAGCAGUAGACCCGGACAGCAAGCUCAACCACCUCCCGAUCCCACCUGGCAGUUUCGGACUUCCUUUCAUCGGCGAAACUCUCGCAUGGAUCACCCAGGGUCCUAAGUUUAAUUCCAAUCGAAGAAAGAAAUACGGCAAUGUCUUCACCACUAAUGCUAUUUCUUUACCAAUCGUCAAAGUAUCGGGACACGAAUACGUUAAAGAGAUUUUGACCGGGGAGCACGACAAAGUGACAACGAUUUGGCCUUACACCGUACGUACCAUCCUGGGUUCACAUGGCAUAGUCAACUCGAUCGGCGAUAUCCACAAGUACAAAAGAAAAGUCGCUUUCAAGGCUUUCACACGUGCUGCAUUGAACGACUACGUUCCGAUAAUGAGAAACCACGCCACCCGUAUCGUACGACAAAUGCAAGAAAGCGACCAACCGCUGGUGUAUCCAAACAUGCUUCGAUUGACGUUUGACGUUGCGGUCAAUGCUUUGCUUGGAUUGGAAAUAAGUGACCAAGUCGAGCUGGACAUGUUGUUCAAAACCUUUCACCAACUAGUCAGCAACGUGUUCUGCCUUCCAUACAACGUUCCAGGAUUUGGUUUUAAUAAGGGAAUGAAAGCACGAAACCAACUUUUGGACUUGCUUCAAAUUCAUAUAGAAGCCAAAAAGCAAGCGGUGUUUUCGGAAAUCAAUAAAAGUGGGGAAGGAGCGGAUCCGUGUGAUGGACUUGCUUUUCGGGGGGCACUUGGCACCAUUCUCUACGAGGAAAUUAAAAACUCAAUCAGACUGAAGAAAUUAAGAGAAGAAAGCAACUUGGACAACAACAACACAAAAUCCGAUGCCGACAAUGAGUUUGAAUUAGGCGACUUGGAGAUCAAAGAAAUUGCGAUUGAACUAAUGUUCGCCGGUUACUACACCUCUGCCAGUGCUCUUACAUCCGCUAUACUUGAACUAGCGCGCCACCCCGAUGUUUUCUCUAAGCUUGAAAAUGAACUACUUCAGCAUGGUAUCCUGCGUGAAGAUUCAUCUGAUGAAGAACACAUGCCAGAGCUUAACCUUCAGAACAUACACAAACUAACCUACCUCGAUCAAGUCCUAAAGGAAACCCUCCGCAUUCGACCACCAGUCCUCGGCGCAUACCGACGAGCCAAAAAGACCUUUCAAAUCGGGGACUAUCGCAUCCCGAAAGGAUGGACCGUCAUCUACAACAUCCGAGACACACAUGAGCUCGAAUUUGAACAUAUGACUGAGUUUGACCCCGAACACUUCGCCCCCGAUGCCAACGAUAAGAAAUUCCGUUUUAUUCCAUUUGGAGGCGGGCCUCGUGUGUGCAUUGGGCAAGAGUAUGCGCGCAUUAUAAUGAAAGUCUCUCUCAUUGAAAUGAUAAGAUGUAACAGCAGCUGGAAGCUCGCCAACAAGACCCUACCCAAAAUGGUGGCCAUUCCAACCCUACACCCGAAGGACGGCCUUCCUGUACAUCUCCAACCGAGAAAAACGGUCGGAGUUGUAACCUCCCGCAGCGAGCCGGUUGCCACUGACAGCUCGUAAUAAUGGAUCAAGGUGUAUAUGAUGCAGCGAGGAAUUCAAACGCCAACCGCGGUGUAAAAGAUUUCAGAGGGGAUAUCUAACUUAUUGCUUCGCCCUCUAACAAACUUUUCGACGUUGCAACAUCCGCUUUUAAUCCCGACAUCUAUAUUUUCGCAUACUUGUACAUUUUCCCCAAUAUUUCUUCACUUUUUGUGUUUUGUCGUGCCAACAGCAUAACUAAUUUGUUUUUCGUAAAGAGGAUACAAGUGAUAGCCACACACCAGCAGUAUUAUUCUAAUUAUCUGUUAAUUUAAUUCCUUUCACAUUCUUCAUUUACAUUUCAGCUACAAAAUAGCUGAUUUAACCUCCAGAACAUGAACCCUUUUUAUUCUAAAAACCUAAGCAGUAUUUCCCUUGAUUCUUUUAAACACCGGAAUGAUUAAACUGGCACGUGCUGUAAAAUAGUUGAACGCGUUUUCCCGCUUGAAGGCGUCAGCGUCAAAAGCGCUGUAUAUGCCGUUUGUUCCGCAGUGUGUUUUGUUAUUAACUUGUUUUCUCGUCAAGCCUUCUCAAUACAAAAGCUCUUCUUGCA